CCAGUGUGGUCACGUAUAAGUUGUGCGUUCUAGAAAUUACCAUGGCUUUAAAGAGCCUAAGUGCGGUGUUGCUGCUCCUAUGCAUGGGCCAUGCAGUGCAAAGUGCAAAUAUCCUCGCGUUGUUUUCUUCCUUAUCUUUUUCUGAUCAUCUAGUCUUCCGCGGAUAUGUUUCUUUGCUCGCUCAAAAAGGACACUCGAUCGUAUUGAUGACGCCAUAUCCAGGACAUUUUACGUAUCCAGACUCUGAGAGGAUAAUUGAAUUAGACGUUGGAGGGGAGUCCGCGGUUCACUGGGAGGAGUUCAGACACCUCUUCACCAGCACUGAUGACUAUUUUUCCAAGUUGAGACAAUUCAAUGAGCUCUCUCUCAAAUUGGCCAUCACUCAAAUCAAAUCUAAGCAAAUGCAAGCGCUUCUAAUUAACCCGAACAUCAAAUUUGAUUUGGUUAUUACUGAAGCAGAUGUUCCUUUCUUAUAUGCUGUCGCUGAGAAGUACAAAGCUCCUCAUGUCUCUAUUACGACAUCGAGCGGAAAAUUACAUCAGUAUGAAGCUAAAGGAAAUCCUAUCCACCCUAUGCUAUACCUCGAUGUCAACACCCUUAACAAUGGGAACCUGAGCAUUUGGCAGAAAUUCUCCGAACUCUACAGACACGUUAAGACAAAGCACGAAUUUUACAACCAUUACCUUCCGCUGUCUCAUGUGGCCGCUGAGAAGCUUCUUGAUCUCAAGCGUGAUCUUCAAGAAGUAGAGUAUGAUAUUGAUUUGUUGCUGGUUGCAGCUAAUCCGAUAGUUGCUGGAAACAGACCAACCGUCCCAGCUGUUAUCUAUGGUGAUCGAAUGCACAUUAAACCAGGACUUGUCUUGCCUCAGAAUCUACAAUCCCUUCUAGACGCAGCUACAAAAGGAGUGAUCUACUUCAGCUUGGGUGCGGUUGAAGAAUCAGAAAGUCUUCCAAAAGCUACGCUGCAGACAUUAGCUGAUGCCUUCCGCGAGCUUCCAUACACUAUCCUUUGGAAAAUCGGCAAUACCACCUCUUUUAAUAAAUCUGACAAUGUGAUUGCUGAAUCCUGGUUCCCUCAGCAGGAAAUCUUGGCUCACCCAAACGUGAAAGCGUUUAUCACUCAUGGAGGUCCACGCUCAUUGGAAGAAGCCGUCUAUUACAAAGUGCCUGUUGUCGGAUUCCCAACCAUCAGGGGCAGAAAAGUUUUCAUAAGACAACUCACUAAGUUUGGCGCUGGCGAAAUCCUUGACCCUUACUACUUGGACAAGGAGUCUGUUAAAGCUACUGUCUCUGUUGUAGCGACCGAUCAAAGGUACAAAAAGGCUAUCACUGACAUCAAGAAGAUAACUGAAGAUCCUGUGAUUUCUGGGCCCGAAAACGCUGUAUGGUGGACGGAGUACGUUUUGCGUCACAAUGGAGCUAAACAUCUUCGCUCUCCGGUUGUUGGCGUCUCGUUCAUCCGAUAUUACAUGUUGGAUGUCAUGGCUUUCCUUCUCGCUCUGGCGGCGCUCUACCUCUACCUUUCCUUCUUGAUGCUGAAAUUCAUCGUGAGACGUCUGUGCUUGCGAUUCCUGGCAAGGCGCGAACUUAGCGGGAAAUUCAAGGCCUUGUAACUCGAAAUUCAAAUUUACAGAAACCGUUAGCUUUGCACGUAAA